AAAAACAUUUCUUUCCUUUUUAUUUUCCUACAAGUCAUCAUGACUACAAUUGUACCGUCUGUCGUUUGGAAAACGUUUAUUUCUGGAGGUGUCUUUUUCGUGAAACAUCUCAAAAAGAAUCAACAAAUCCUUGGUAACAACUAUCACUCACUCCUGCUGCAUCUACCGAAUUAUUCUGCUACAGUCCUUGUUCAUGUGGAGCCAGCAAUAUAUGAGGCGGCGAUGAGCACACAUAAAGUUACUGACUUAAAUGCUUGUGCUGUGGUCUCUGUUUCGGGCAAUACACGCUCAAUUUCUCUUUGCUCCUCCUUACCCAAACCGUUCGCAACACCGAGGCAGCAAAUAAUGGUCAGUGAGAAUGGCAGAUUUGUUGUCACUGCCGUUUUUAAUCAACCACCUGACGCCUAUCAACCAUUUAUGCAUGUUGGAUUUGGUAACCCAGGUGUACUGGCCACGAGGGAAUCAAGCGUCUCUGGUGUCUUAACGACCAAUUUGGCGACUGGUGAAACAAGCAUUGUGUACACAACUGCGAACGAACCGUCUAUACCUCGAUCACUUUCUCUGAUGAGUUUUAUUUCAGAAACAGAUUCACCAUUGCAAUCUCAAGAAAUCAUCUACGUAGAAAGCUCAUUUGAGCGGGAUUCGCAAAGCUUCAUAAACGUAGAAGAUGUGGAGCAUAAGGAACCUAGUGACAACAAUGAGGAAGCCUUGUCCAUUGUUAACUCGACACCACCACCUACCACUAAAUCUACAAAACGACAGCGAUCAUUGGAAGCCUCUAUCUCUUCUACAGUUUCUGCCAUUCGCAAUGCGUUUCAAGAAGCAGGCUGCUCUCUACAGCUCAGAAAUGAUACCAUUCUGUUGCGUAAAGCAGAGAAUGAGGAAAGUGUUCUUGGAGAAAUUUCGGAGAUAGUAGAACCAGCUCCGCCAAUCGCAACGACUACCGAUGUGCCGUCUAUUAAUGAAGAGGAGUUGGCUACCUUGCGUUCAGUGAGAAAUGGAAAGCUAUUGAAAUUAAAAGAAACGAUCGAAAUAGGCACGCCGAAUUUUAUUGAGGAUGACAUCGAACAUAUGCAACAGCCUUUGCCACCUCUACCAAAUUCCAAUGAGGCAAUUAUGGAACAGCCUGCUCACUUUUAUCUUCAGCAAUUUCAAAUUGCGGAAAGAAUGGAGUCUAUGGCUCGUGUGAGAAAGUUCCGCCUGGCAUACCAAUUCUACCGUGGAUAUCAGCUGCUACGACACCAACAAAUGGAGCAAAAUCAAGAACUACUGACGAUGGAAGCCUAUUGCAACAAUCUGGGAGGACUAAUAUUGGAAGUUGUUGAAAAAUAUCAUUACAUACUCCGCCUGGGACAAAAGCUGGCAUUUAUCGUAGAUCACUAUAGAGAUCAGCGCCUCCUGGCGCUCGAAGAACUGCAUAAAAUAAAUAUUUCGACAGCUCAGAUCCGUGAUCUCCGUCGGUUAUUUCCGACAGAAUAA